AUGGCAUCUCUAUCUACAAUCCUCAAACCGCUCUCUCCUUUUUCACCAUUUGUUAAACAACAUAAUCCCGAUGGUAAUAUCAAUGCCUUGUUCACUUAUCGCACAGCCAAGUCUACAAACUCCUUUUUUUCCAAACGAAGAAGAUCCGUGGCUCACAAGAAACACACGUUCAAGGCUCUUCACGAUGCAUCGAAUCAGGUCGAGAGCUCCUGGAGAAUUCCAAUGUCGGAGGUUGUGGUGGUGAGAAAGAAGAACUCAUUUUGGAAGAGGAGUUGGAAUUCUUGGGACAUGUCCAAGUUAUUCGCAUUCGUUUGUAUUCAUUUGAUGACUCUGUCGGCUCCAUUUUACUUCAACUGGGCGGCCUUUCAGCUUUUCCUUUGGCUCUUUUGGAGUAUUGGAAUAUGCAUCACCUUGUGUUAUCAUAGGAAUCUUACUCACCGAAGUUUCGAUCUACCGAAAUGGCUCGAGUAUCUCUUAGCUUAUGGUGGCCUUCUGGCUUUUCAGGGAGACCCAAUAGAGUGGGUGAGCACCCAUCGGUACCAUCAUACGCAUUGUGAUACACAACGUGAUCCACACAGCCCUACACUAGGGUUUUGGUUAAGUCACAUGAAUUGGGUAUUUGAUGGCGAUGCUAUUCUCCAAAAGUGUGGUGGAGAGGAAAAUGCGAAUGAUCUUGUGAGACAACCCUUCUAUAGGUUUCUUCAGCGAACCGUCGUUUUGCAUCUAAUGGCGUUUUCCCUUCUCCUCUAUUUUUGUGGAGGCAUGCCCUUCCUUAUCUGGGGAGUUGGUGUGGCAACCGUGGCUCGACUACACGGGACUUUUCUUGUGAACUCAGUUUGCCAUAUAUGGGGAACAAGAGCUUGGAACACAUCUGACUUCUCCAAAAACAAUUGGUGGGUAGCGAUAAUAGCAUUAGGCGAGGGAUGGCAUAACAAUCAUCAUGCAUUUGAGUUCUCGGCCAGGCAUGGACUUGAGUGGUGGCAGCUCGACGUUACUUGGUGUCUCAUUAGGUUUCUAGAGGCUAUUGGCUUGGCCACUAAUGUUAAGUUACCUACUGAAGCUCAGAAAAAGAAAAUGGCUUUGGUCUGA